CAUCCAUCGCCAGGAAGGGACAGAAGAGAGGAGGCUAUUUUUAGAAGAUUAAGAGUGGGACACAGCCGAUUGAAUAAGAUUUUAAUUGUGAUAGGAAAGCAUCCAACAGGAAAGUGUGAUUAUUGCCAGGAAACAGAGACCGCGGAGCAUGUAUUGCUACAGUGUGGGCAGUAUCAGAGGGAAAGAGAGAAGAUGAGAUCUAGUAUGAGGGAGAAGGGGAUACAGGAAAUUAUUUUAAACAUUAUAUUGAGUAGAACAUUAUUAGAUAUAGUCUCAAAUAUCUUGUUAUAUUUUUUAAAAGCUACGGGGCUGGCAGGUAGAAUUGAGUUUCUCCCUAGUUCUGGCCCAUACUCCAGUACAGAAGGUGGCGAUAAUGCACCAUAACGUCUGAUGCCAACCGCCGAUAAACCCCACGGAAGAGAAGGAAAACAUCAAUCUACUGUUGCUGUCUCCGCUUAGUUAUCUCGCGUGAAAUAUAUAUCUAGAAACCUCGAAUAACGACAACGCAGCCACUAUCUUGAAAAUUGAAUGUUCAACAUGGGUUACAAUAAAUUCAGAGUCAACGCUACUCGGAAGAUGUCGAAGACGUUAGCCUUGACCGUUCUAACCUGUUUGUCGUUCUGCAUCAGUGUUUGCAGGGCAGAGGAUAGUGCCAUGGAGAACAUCGUAACAGAGAGGAAGGUUGAAGAUAACCACAGACAAGACAGUGCCGACCUGCUGAUUUUCAUCAUGCUCCUAACCCUCACGAUUUUAACUAUAUGGUUAUUCAAGCACCGUCGUUUCAGGUUUUUGCAUGAAACGGGACUAGCUAUGAUCUAUGGUGUGCUGGUUGGGGUGGUCCUGCGCUAUGGUAUCCACGUACCCCGUGACAUUAGUAACGUCACCCUCAGUUGCCAUGUCAACGCCAGCCCGCCCACACUGCUCGUCAACGUCAGUGGCAAGUUCUACGAGUACAGUCUGAAGGGUGAGAUCAGCCCCUCUGAGAUCAAUGAUGUACAAGACAACGAGAUGCUUCGCAAGGUGACCUUUGACCCAGAAGUGUUCUUUAACAUCCUCCUGCCCCCCAUCAUCUUCCAUGCCGGCUACAGUCUGAAGAGGAGACACUUCUUCAGGAACAUGGGGUCCAUCCUAGCCUAUGCCUUUCUGGGAACAGUCAUAUCAUGUUUCAUCAUUGGGUUGCUGAUGUACGGCUGUGUCACACUGAUGAAGCAAGUGGGACAGCUUGACGGGGACUUCUUCUUCACUGACUGCCUGUUGUUUGGAGCCAUCGUCUCUGCCACUGACCCCGUGACGGUGCUGGCCAUCUUCAACGAGCUGCAGGUGGACGUGGAUCUGUACGUUCUGCUGUUUGGAGAGAGCGUUCUCAACGACGCCGUGGCCGUGGUGCUGUCCUCAUCCAUCGUGGCGUACCAGCCGGAGGGGGACAACAGUCACACCUUUGAGGUUAUGGCCAUGUUGAAGUCCUUCGGGGUGUUCCUGGGUGUUUUCAGUGGAUCCUUCGCCCUGGGGGUGGCCACCGGGGUCAUGACAGCACUCGUCACUAAGUUCACUAAGCUGAGAGACUUCCAGCUACUGGAGACGGCUCUCUUCUUCCUCAUGUCCUGGAGCACCUUCUUAAUGGCUGAGGCCUGUGGCUUCACAGGUGUGGUGGCGGUGCUGUUCUGUGGGAUCACUCAGGCUCACUACACCUUCAACAACCUGUCCCCUGAGUCCCAGGAGAGGACCAAACAGUUGUUUGAGCUGCUGAACUUCCUGGCGGAGAAUUUCAUCUUCUCCUACAUGGGUCUGGCGUUGUUCACCUUCAAGAACCACAUCUUCAACCCCACCUUCAUCGUCGGGGCUUUCCUGGCAGUGUUCCUGGGAAGAGCAGCCAACAUCUACCCCCUGUCCUUCCUGCUCAACCUGGGACGCAGGAACAAGAUCAGCUCCAACUUCCAACACAUGAUGAUGUUUGCUGGUCUGCGCGGGGCGAUGACCUUUGCCCUUUCCAUCCGGGACACGGCUACAUACGCCCGUCAGAUGAUGUUCACCACCACACUCCUCAUCGUCUUCUUCACCGUGUGGGUCUGUGGAGGGGGAACCACUCAGAUGCUUUCCUGCCAGCACAUACGUGUUGGAGUCGAUUCGGACGCAGAUAACACAAUGAGCAUUACAGAGGGAUCAGAGCGGCGGAGCACCAAACACGAGAGUGCCUGGCUCUUCAGGAUCUGGUACAACUUUGACCACAACUACCUGAAGCCCAUCCUGACCCACAGUGGCCCCCCACUCACCGUCACCAUGCCUGCCUGCUGUGGACCGCUGGCCAGAUGUCUCACCAGCCCACAGGCCUAUGAGAACGAGUGCCAGCUGAAGGACGACGACUCGGACCUCAUCCUGACGGACGGGGACAUCAGCCUGACCUACGGUGACAUCACUGUGAGCACGGACGCCAGCGGCGCCCACACCAGUGCUGGGCCCGCGGGCACCACCUCCGCCAUCAUCUCCGCUGAUGACCUGGACCGCGAGCUGACGUACGGGGACCACGAGCUGGUGAUGAGGGGUACUCGUCUGGUCCUGCCCAUGGACGACUCCGAGCCCCCGCUCGCCGACCCACGUCACCGCAUGCGGAUGUGAGGCGAAAGAGAGGCCAGCUAGCCAGAUGACCAAUUCACUCUACGUCCUGUUCCCCGCAGGCUGCAGGAAUUAGAUCAACUAAGAUCAGCAAGAGACUGGUCUCUCUCUGUCUGUCUGUCUCUCUGUCUGUCUUUCUCUCUCUCCACUCUCUCUGUCUUUCCUCUUCUCUCAUACCGCUCCUCAUCUGUCUCUCUCUCUCUCCCCCACUGCCUCUCCUCUUUGAGUUUCUCAAGUGGUUAAUCCAUGUCUACCUCAUUAUUGUUUGUUCAUUUCUACUCCUGUUGCCAUCAUUAUAAUAUGAAUUAUUUAUUCAUGUUUCCUUUUUCUUUUGAUUUGGUUAAACCGAUAGCUUUUGUCAGUUUGUCUUCUAACAGGACCACACUGAAAUCACGUGGCAAUCCGCUCACCGUAGCGCUGCAGAGUCGUCUAUACGCAUGCAUUAGUCUGGAUGUGGAGGUCACAGUGCAACAGCUAGCUUAGCUAAUACCAUUUGUCUCUGUAUCACAGGGUCCAUAAUAACAUAGUUUUUUAACGCGUGGGGAGUGGGUAGGUCGAGGGGUUGACUGAGUUUUGUAGCCCUGUUUUUGGGUCUGAUUCUGAAUGUUUCUGCCUUCUCUGUGUGAUCCAAGGGAUGCUGGCUGACUAAGUGGCUCGGCGCUGCAUUGUGUUGCUAUGCAUACGGUUAGAAUCAAGUGCCUGAGUGACCGCAAGUUUAUAUUCCCUUUUUAGAAGUGAUACACUCCUCCGUCCACUGGGUGGCGACCUCUCUCCGGGUGACAGGCUGCCUGUGUUUUUGAGCCAUUGGUCUGUAGAUAGUUAACGAUGUUCUAGCCUGGUUCAACCAAGCUAACAAUAUAAUUCAGCUCGCUCUGUGUAACCUAGCACACGUCUUGGAUCUCCCACAAUGACCUCAGACUGUGACUUUGGGAGGUUUUGACACCUUCUUUUAGAAGCUGAUGUCACUCACCACAGAAGCAGAAAGAAGGGCUGUCGUUUCGAGUGCGAGUUCUAAAUCUCCUGUACGGGGAAAGUUGGUGCCAUUCCUCCUUCAUUGACAUUUGAUGAAAAUUGAGUGCAGGCAGCCUGAAAAAACUUUAAUGUAUUUUGCAACAUACUAUAAGUACUUUAGCUACAUCCUCGUUUUCACUGUAAUUCUAAUACUAUACACGUGUAACAUGGUGUAUAUUUGACAUUAGGGAUUGAAAUGUUACUCAAAUCAAACCUAGUGUGUACUUCCAUCUGGGCUAAGCCCUUGCUUCCUACUGGCUAAGAUCUAUCUGGUUUAUUCACCGGAGUAGGAACAUGUUACAGUAGCUCAUAAUUAAGGAUCUAAUUUGCUUUGUUUUUGGCAAAUUUAUCUGGAUAAACAUUAAUUUCUUAUUCAAUUCUAUUUCAAAUCGAAUUUGCUUGGUUGGAUUAUUUAUGGAAAUGGCCUGAGCAUGUCCAUGUCAAACAUUGUUGAGGUGCUGCAGCUACAUUGUAUGUAGUGGACCGCAGUUCAACUGUUAACUGCCUUGAGUUAUUGAUUAUAUUGUCCCUAGUACUGUAUGAUGUGACAAAGGAUUGGUACAUACUAUCAGAAACAACUUGAAUAGGCCAGUUGGAAUCAUAACAUUUCGAUUUUAAAUGAUCCAAAACUACAGACAUAUUUGUUAUUGAAAUUAUACGAAGAUAUGUUUGAAGCAAUCACUUCUGAUUCAGAGUAGAUAUUUAGAGAAAAGCUGGUAGGGAUCACUUGUAGAAAAAUGUAUGUGUGCAAUACUUUAUUUGUGUAAAAUAAUCAUACAGUAGGUUAUAUUAGAGUCUAAUGUUUCCUAUAUGCCUCGCGCUACAGUGUAUGGGUGUUGGGUUGAUUUAUAGCUGAAGUCUGGCACCAGAGUGAGUAGCUCCUUUGAGCUGCUUGGCUACAUGGGGGUUGGCUCUGUGACUGGUCUGGGAUCAGUGGUGGCUGUUAAUGUGGUGUAGCAGGAAGUGUUGACCGGACACCACCCUGACGACGCACUGUUGAUGUGGAUGGAAUCAGGCCCCGUGCCAGACAGCAUUACAGAGGAGACAAAGAGAGCGGGGGGGGUAGGAGCAGGGUAGCAGCAGAGGAAAGGGAGGUAGAGAGAGAAAUAGUUGACAUUCUACCUAUAUUCAAUGUUAUUCACUUUUGCACCUGGGGAGGGAGGGGUAGGGGGGGGGGGUAGUAGUACAAAGAGGGGGACAGGGUAGGAAAGAAGUACAAAGAGGGGGACAGGGUAGGAGGGAGGUACAAAGAGGGGGACAGGGUAGGAGGGAAGUACAAAGAGGGGGACAGGGUAGGAGGGAAGUACAAAGAGGGGGGACAGGGUAGGAGGGAAGUACAAAGAGGGGGACAGGGUAGGAGGGAAGUACAAAGAGGAUGGACAGGGUAGGAGGGAAGUACAAAGAGGGGGGACAGGGUAGGAGGGAAGUACAAAGAGGAUGGCAGGGUAGGAGGGAAGUACAAAGAGGGGGGCAGGGUAGGAGGGAAGUACAAAGAGGGGGACAGGGUAGGAGGGAAGUACAAAGAGGGGGGCAGGGUAGGAGGGAAGUACAAAGAGGGGGACAGGGUAGGAGGGGAAUUACAAAGAGGGGGACAGGGUAUGAGGGAAGUACAAAGAGAGGGACAGGGUAGGAGGGAAGUACAAAGAGGGACAGGGUAGGAGAAGAGGAAAGGGAGGUAGAGAGAGAAAUAGUUGACAUUCUACCUAUAUUCAAUGUUAUUCACUUUUGCACCUGGGGAGGGAGGGGUAGAGGAGGGCAGUGUACCACCCAGCGUUAUCUCCUGUUGACCACCCAGCGUUAUCUCCUGUUGACCACCCAGCGUUAUCUCCUGUUGACCACCCAGUGUUAUCUCCUGUUGACCACCCAGUGUUAUCUCCUGUUGUGCAGGAACCUCUGACGGCGUGUGAGUUUUUUUAUUUAUCAAGCAUGCCUCUUGACACCACAAUGUGCAGGAAAAGAUUUUUUCAUCCCACCAUUUUAUAUAUAGUUUUUUUCUCUCUCUCUAUUUUGUUUAUUCUUGAGGAAGAAGGGAAGUACGGCGAGUGUCCGCGAUGGCGCAGCAUUUGCACUUGUCUUUUAAGAAACCUUUGUUUGAGUUAGAUUUGUCUUGUAAGUUCCAUUUGUCAUGUUUGUGUUGCUGUUUUUAACCGGCUUUUGUUGGGGUUAUGAAGGAAUUGACAUGAAUCCUGUGAAUUAUGAUUUUUAGUAGAAACUCAUGGAGUCAUGUCAUAACUGUCAGAGGUCACGAACGGAAGGGUUGUAUCCAUUGAUGUACAGGUUGUUAUGAUCUAUGUAACCAAGAGAAACAAGAUUGGCCUCCUUGCUUUUCCAUGCCAUUGACUCUGACUCCGUCUUCACUUUAAGGAAAAAAAGAAAUCAAGCCAGAUCAGGACUGUGUACCAGUCUAUAACUAACAUAUGAAGUAAUGUAAUGUCAAAAAAGACCCAUUAUAGGUCACCUUAUACCUUGCCUGUACUGUUCUUACAGUAUGUGUUCUAUUGUUUUGAACGAUGAAUGGUAACUAUGGUAACUUGUAAUUAACACGUUGACACUAGUCUGAAGUAGCUGACCAAAGGGGCUUGUUGUACUCUGUGUUUUCAGACUGUGCGAUGUGUUUAUACUGCUACUUCGCUGUGUGUGUCGCACUGUGCUUCCUCAGUGUUGCCGGUACUGACUGUUUACAUCUCUGUAAAUAUUCUCACCUGUUCAAGUUGCGUGCAAUGGUCAAUAAACAAAGCCUGUGCUUUUGAUUGAA